CCCUGCAGCCCCCUCAGCCCGUGACGCCCGCGCGCCGCGAGCCAGGCCCCCCCCGGAGCGGGGCCACAGGCGGGAGAGCCCGGGCGCCCCCGAGCGCCCCUGGAGCCCCGCACGCCCCGACGACCCCGCGGUCGGAACCCGGACCCGAGCCCAGGAGCGCCCGGGCAGGCGUAGCUGACCGGACCCGACCCCCGGCCCCCGAGUGCCGGAGCCGCCCGGCGGGCUGCAGCGGAGGGAACUGGAGCCGCCGGGCGGCGGGGGCCGGGCCGAGAACGACGCGGAGGCGGCGUAGGAAGAGCCGAGCGCCCGGCACCCCCGAGCCCCAGGACCGCGCCUCCUGCGGAAUCCCUGUGAGGAGCCCUUGCUGGUCCACUGGAACCACUGGGGGCCAUUCGCCCACUGCCCCAGACUCCGGCAGUGGGGCCGCCAAUGGCAGUGGGCACCUCGCUGUGAAACCUGCCAAGCUGGACGCCACAGCUCUGCACGACGACACUUCGGCCAGCUCCGUGCCCCCCUCGGAGGCAAGCAACCAUGCAGUCCUAGCCUGCAUCCCCGGCAUCCCUGAGGAGCACUACGUAAGCGAGGCUGUGGAAGAUGCUCCCAGCUACAGAGGGUACCGGGAUGCCUACACCAUUACCGAUGUGUGCAACAGCACCGACCUUCCGGAAGUCGAGAUCAUCAGCCUCCUGGAGGAGCAGCUGCCCCAUUACAAGUUAAGAGCCGACACCAUCUACGGGUAUGACCACGGCGACUGGCUCCACACACCUCUCAUCUCUCCUGACGCCAGCGUCGACCUCACCACCGAGCAAAUUGAAGAGACGCUAAAAUACUUCCUUUUGUGUGCUGAAAGAGUUGGACAGAUGACUAGGACAUAUAAUGACAUAGACGCUGUCACUCGGCUUCUCGAGGAGAAAGAGCGGGAUUUAGAAUUGGCCGCCCGCAUUGGCCAGUCGUUGUUGAAGAAGAACAAGACCCUCACGGAGAGGAACGAGCUGCUGGAGGAGCAGGUGGAGCACGUCAGAGAGGAGGUGUCUCAGCUCCGGCAUGAGCUGUCCAUGAAGGACGAGUUGCUUCAGUUCUACACCAGCGCGGCAGAGGAGAGUGAGCCCGAGUCUGUAUGCUCAACCCCGUUGAAGAGGAAUGAGUCGUCGUCCUCAGUCCAGAAUUACUUUCAUUUGGAUUCUCUUCAAAAGAAGCUGAAAGACCUUGAAGAGGAGAACGUUGUACUUCGAUCUGAGGCCUGCCAGCUGAAGACGGAGACCAUCACCUACGAGGAGAAGGAGCAGCAGCUGGUCAACGACUGCGUGAAGGAGCUGAGGGAUGCCAAUGUCCAGAUUGCUAGUAUCUCAGAGGAAUUGGCCAAGAAGACAGAAGAUGCUGCCCGCCAGCAAGAGGAGAUCACACACUUAUUGUCACAAAUAGUGGAUCUGCAGAAAAAGGCCAAAGCUUGCGCGGUGGAAAAUGAAGAGCUCGUGCAGCAUCUGGGGGCCGCGAAGGACGCCCAGCGGCAGCUCACGGCUGAGCUGCGUGAGCUGGAGGACAAGUACGCCGAGUGCAUGGAGAUGCUGCACGAGGCGCAGGAGGAGCUGAAGAACCUCCGGAACAAGACUGUGCCCAGCACCACGUCCCGGCGUUACCACUCGCUGGGUCUGUUUCCCAUGGACUCCUUGGCAGCGGAGAUUGAGGGGACGAUGCGCAAGGAGCUGCAGCUGGAAGAGGCCGAGUCUCCGGACAUCACUCACCAGAAGCGCGUCUUUGAGACCGUGAGGAGCAUCAACCAGGUCGUCAGGCAGAGAUCUCUGACUCCUUCCCCCAUGAACAUCCCCGGCUCCAACCAGUCCUCGGGCACACACUCCCUCCUGUCCAGCUGCGUCAGCACCCCCCGGUCCAGCUUCUAUGGCAGUGACAUCAGCAACGUGGUCCUCGACAACAAGACCAACAGCAUCAUUCUGGAAACAGAGGCUGCCGACCUGGGAAACGAGGAGCGAAGUAAGAAGCCAGGGACGCCGGGCACCCCCGGCUCCCACGACCUGGAGACGGCGCUGAGACGGCUGUCCCUGCGCCGAGAGAACUACCUCUCGGAGAGGAGGUUCUUCGAGGAGGAGCAAGAGAGGAAGCUCCAGGAGCUGGCGGAGAAGGGCGAGCCCCGCAGCGGCUCCCUGACGCCCACCGAGAGCAUCAUGUCCCUGGGCACCCACUCCCGCUUCUCCGAGUUCACCGGCUUCUCCGGCAUGUCCUUCAGCAGCCGCUCCUACCUGCCCGAGAAGCUGCAGAUCGUGAAGCCGCUGGAAGGUUCUGCCACCCUGCACCACUGGCAGCAGUUGGCCCAACCUCACCUUGGGGGCAUCCUGGACCCCCGGCCCGGUGUGGUCACCAAGGGCUUCCGGACGCUGGAUGUCGACCUGGACGAAGUGUACUGCCUUAACGACUUUGAAGAAGAUGACACAGGUGACCACAUUUCUCUCCCGCGCCUAGCUACCUCCACGCCAGUUCAGAACCCAGAGACCUCAGCGCACCAUCCUGGGAAGUGCAUGUCUCAGACCAACUCCACCUUCACCUUCACCACCUGCCGCAUCCUGCACCCUUCGGAUGAGCUCACUCGGGUCACACCAAGCCUUAACUCAGCCCCAACUCCAGCUUGUGGCAGCGCCAGCCACUUGAAGUCCACGCCAGUGGCCACACCAUGCACUCCACGGAGACUGAGCCUGGCUGAGUCCUUCACUAACACCCGUGAGUCCACGACCACCAUGAGCACAUCCCUGGGGCUCGUGUGGCUGCUGAAGGAGCGGGGCAUCUCUGCUGCCGUGUACGACCCCCAGAGCUGGGACAGGGCCGGCCGGGGCUCGCUCCUGCACUCCUACGUGCCCAAGAUGGCCGUGAUCCCCUCCACCCCGCCGAACUCGCCCAUGCAAACGCCCACGUCCUCCCCGCCCUCCUUUGAGUUCAAGUGCACGAGCCCCCCCUACGACAACUUCCUGGCUUCCAAGCCGGCCAGCUCCAUCCUGAGGGAGGUGAGAGAAAAGAGUGUCCGCAGCAGCGAGAGCCAGACGGACGUGUCCGUCUCCAACCUCAACCUCGUGGACAAAGUCAGAAGGCUCGGGGUGGCCAGAGUGGUGAACUCAGGGCGACCCCACAUCCCCACCUUGACUGAGGAGCAGGGACCCAUCCUGUGUGGGCCCCCGGGGCCAGCGCCAGCCCUUGUCCCCAGAGGCCUGGUACCCGAGGGCCUGCCCCUGGGAUGCCCCACUGUCACCAGUGCCAUCGGCGGGCUGCAGCUCAACAGUGGCAUCCGGCGGAACCGCAGCUUCCCCACCAUGGUGGGGUCCAGCAUGCAGAUGAAAGCCCCCGUGACUCUCACCUCAGGCAUCUUGAUGGGUGCUAAGCUCUCCAAACAAACUAGCUUACGGUGAGGACCGGGGGGGCCGGUGGCCCUGGAGGAGGCCACGCUCUCCUGCCUUGCGCCCUCCUCCCGCUCCUCCCUCCCGCCGCCCUUCUGUGUCCACCCCCUCCUGAGCUAGACAAAUCAACCUCGUGCCUAAGGGAGGAAGAGUGGAAACUCUGUAAAAUGUGUACAUAGGACUUGGAGACCCCGUGUCCGCCCUGCUCCUUCUUCAGAUCCCGCGGGAAGCGCCUCUGCACUGUCGUCACGCUCACAAAGACUUCACCUGUGCUAACGGGGGAAGGCGGGGUCCUUUCUCCUUUCCUUUUAGAAGCACUGAAACUCCCAAGUGUGUUCUUAUCCUAUGGAUAGGAAACCAGUGAAUUCUGUGGCUGGCACACCACGAGCUGUCACGCGGCACGGGUCGUAACACCUCGCCUCGCCCACCCUGUAAAGGAGCCUAAGGAGCCUCCGUCCUCAGCCACGUGUGGCCGACGUGGCUUUCCUGAUUGGAGGGCUUUUCCUUUUAGGGGUGGCCCAGCUUCUUCAAGACCUUCGCUACUCUGCCUCAGUGGACAGUCGUUUCUUUUCUGAGGUGUGACCUUUUGUUUUCAUGCCUUUCCCUUGAGGUCAUCCUGUGUUUUGUGAGCAGCUGUCAGGCCCGAUGUCCGACCUGAGAGAAUGUAUUUAUGGUCCUGCUGCGUCGUUCAGCAGCCCGUCCGUGUUGUGUGUGAUCUGUUUUAUUUUUCCUUUUUUUUUUUUUUUUGAAAUAUGCAGGGAAGUCAUGGUACUGAUAGUGUAUGUUCUCUAUGUGGUUCAAAUAUGCAUUUCAAACACACCAAGCCACUAAGGAGACAGCAGCUUUUUCUGGGACCCGGUGUCACAACCAAAUCGAUUUAAGACCAGACCCAAGACACCUUUAACAAUAGGAUUAAAAGGAAAAAGGAUAGGGGAAAAGCUUAUUAAAGAAAUUUGUCGACACCAAAAGCAGAGGGGAAGAGCCACAAGCAGGCACAAUACCAAACUGGCUCCAGGGAGAACAAGGCUUGGGCAUUCCGCUGGCUCCAGCGCCUCCUCUGGACCCCGAGGCCGGCCGGGGUGCGGUCGCGUGCGGUCUCUGAUCGUGCCAUUCGGUGCCCACAUGUUCUGCCUUCUUGUAUGACAGCAGCACACGGUCACCACAGGUGUUUUCUUUCCCUGCAAAGCCUUUUGUCUCCUUGUUCCACUUUCGACCCUGAGGAAAAGACACAGGUGCUUGUGAAGAGAACCAGGAGGCUGGUCCUGUUGCUGUCACUGAUUUGGUUUUAAACUUUCAUUUAUUAUUUGUCUGCCGUGUUUUAAAUAAACAUUUUCUGUCCUUCCAGUUCCAGUCAUAGUGUGUCCAUGGCAUCCCAGUCCAACCACAUAACUUAGUGAUUCUAAUGUCAGGGCUGCACUGUACAUCAUGGGGUCCCGUGACACCGUGUUCCAGACAUUUAUGGAAGGAAAACAUCCCACAUAAAUGAAACUGUCGUUCUGUGUCCGCCCCACCAGCAGAAGAUGCAUCCUUCCACUGAGUGAGGGUAACCUCAUGCCCACCAAGGAUAAAGCCCCUAAGGAGCAAGCUUCAGUCCCACGGUUUCAGACUAUUUAUUCUCUGAACACAAGAGUAUUGGUUCAUUAUGUUCUCAGCUGUCCUGACUGUUGUAUGUGUGCACUCACGGCAAGUAACUUAUAUCUUUUUAUCUGAAUGUAUUUUAAAGCAGUAGGUAGAGUAACAAAGGAAUAUAAAAAUCACAGACUGAAUGGACCAGUCCACGUAUUGAGAUAGAGGAGCCGCUCAUCAUUGCCGGAAAUACCGUGCGGAAAUGGGCAGUUCAGAGGGUGCAACAUUUACUAUAGUAAAUAGUCACCGUUGUGCAACCACUACCAAAAAGUGUGUUGUAAUGCAUCAGAAAUCAACACAAUUUCAUUUGCUGACGAGUAUCAAUAAAAUAAGUUCAAAUGAUGGAAACCA